AUGCCCGCCGCUUCUAGUGCUUCGCGCGUCACUCGCUCGAGCGCUGCGAAUAAAACUCGUGGUGCGGGGGGAAAACGUGAUCAAAGUCGUCCUCCCAUCAUCAAUCCCGAGGACGAGGACGAGGACAAAGGUGAUGAUGAUGUCGACUCGGAAGACUCGGACUCGGACGACGCGCCACCGGAAGAAGUCACUCGCGCCGUCGCGGAGAAAGAAACGAGAGAGGAGCAACUCCUGAAGAAACGAGCGAGGGAGACGCAACAACUCGCGAAGGAGAGAGAAAAAGAGAAGCGAGUGGAAAAAGCGAAAGCGCGAACGGAGGCGGCGGCGAAGAGGAAACGAGAGAAGGAAGAGAAGAGGAAAGCAGAGGAGGAAGAGGAAGGAAAAGAGAACGAACGAGAGGAGGAGGAGGAGGAGGAAGAAGGAGCGGAAGAAGAUCCGGACGCGUUCACUUUGGACGACGAUAUCGUCGAUGCCGUCGCCGCGAGCGAGAACCAGUUGAAAGAAAAAUACCUGAAAGACUUUCACGAUACCAAGUCGCAAAGGAAGAAACGGAAGAAGCAAAUGAAACGGGAAAGGAUGCGAGAGGAAGCGAUGGGACGGGAAAGCGCGAAGUUUACGACCAGAGAUGGAUUUGAUGUCGUGAUUCGCUCGAAAGUGGACGAGUUGGCGGAGAUGAAGGCGAAUCCGAAAGCGGUUGAUUUUGCGCGGCGGAGAUUGGACGCGAAGCAUCGAAGAGACGAGCGAAUGCUUUGCGACACGCGAACGGGAAAGAUUAAGAAUCAGUUCGCGGUGCGAUAG